CCGCCGCUUGCCCCUCGGAGCCGCCGCCUGAGUCGGGGACAAGAGGAUGACCGAAGUGCUGUGGCCGACUGUCCCCAACGGGACGGACGCUGCCUUCCUGGCCGGCCCGGGCUCGCCCUGGGGGAACAGCACGGUCGCCUCCGCCACCGCCCCGUUCAAGUGCGCCCUGAAUAAGACCGGCUUCCAGUUCUACUACCUGCCGGCCGUGUAUAUCGUGGUGUUCAUCGUCGGCUUCCUGGGCAACGGCGUGGCCAUCUGGAUGUUCGUCUUCCACAUGAAGCCCUGGAGCGGCAUCUCCGUGUACAUGUUCAACUUGGCGCUGGCCGACUUCUUGUACGUGCUGACUCUGCCCGCCCUCAUCUUCUACUACUUCAAUAAGACGGACUGGAUCUUCGGGGACGCCAUGUGCAAGCUGCAGAGGUUCAUCUUCCACGUGAACCUCUAUGGCAGCAUCUUGUUCCUGACCUGCAUCAGCGCGCACCGCUACAGCGGCGUGGUGUACCCGCUGAAGUCCCUGGGGAGGCUCAAGAAGAAGAACGCGGUCUACAUCAGCGUGCUGGUGUGGCUCAUCGUGGUGGUGGCCAUCUCCCCCAUCCUCUUCUACUCAGGCACCGGGGUCCGGAAAAACAAUACCGUCACCUGCUAUGACACCACCUCGGACGAGUACCUGCGAAGUUACUUCAUCUAUAGCAUGUGCACCACCGUGGCCAUGUUCUGUGUCCCCUUGGUGCUGAUUCUAGGCUGUUACGGAUUAAUUGUGAGAGCUUUGAUUUACAAAGACUUGGACAACUCUCCUCUGAGGAGGAAAUCCAUUUACUUGGUGAUUAUCGUGCUGACUGUUUUUGCUGUGUCUUACAUCCCUUUCCAUGUGAUGAAAACCAUGAACUUGAGGGCCCGGCUGGAUUUUCAGACCCCAACCAUGUGUGUUUUCAAUGACAGGGUUUAUGCCACUUAUCAGGUGACGAGAGGUCUAGCAAGUCUCAACAGUUGUGUGGACCCCAUUCUCUAUUUCUUGGCGGGAGAUACUUUCAGAAGGAGACUCUCCCGAGCGACCAGGAAAGCUUCCAGAAGAAGCGAGGCAAAUCUGCAGUCCAAGAGUGAAGACAUGACCCUCAAUAUUUUAUCUGAGUUCAAGCAGAAUGGUGAUACUAGCUUGUGAAGGCACAGGAAUCACCAGACAUCUCACUUUUGUGUCAUGGUAGGAUGCUUAACAGAACUAAUUGAUUUUUGCCCCCUCUUUAAGUUACUAGUAAGGUUAGAGAAAAGUCAAACCAAGAAAGUAGUGAGUUAGGAAGGGAAAAAAAAAGAAGAAAAGAAAUGCCCACAUCCACACCUAGCUUGUUUGAGUUUGCUUCCAAAGUCUCUUCUGACUAGCACUAUGCGUAAUAAAAGAAUACUACCUAGUUAAACAUUUACUUUCUCUUCUGCUUUUAACAUUUACAAGUUUUUUUUUGUCUUUAAUGUGUGUGUGCAGAUGAGUACUAGGGCUAUUUUGAUAGAAGUAAUUUCUUCAGGAAAACUAAUUGCCUGAAACUUGAGCUUGUGAUUUAUCUAAGCUUUAUUGUUUUUAGUAAUCUAUGAUAAGAACAAAUUGAAAAUCUACAUUCUCA